GUCCCCAGCUGUUGCUCUGACGCCAGUCAGCUUGUCCACCUUCUCUCGACCCUUUCUUCCUUCCGCAAAUCCGCAACCACCUUUCUCUCCUCUCUCCCACGAUCUUGGCACCGAAGAAAAACAAGGGCAUUCUAACAGACCUUUGCCAGCCCCCGAGAACGGUUCAAACAACUCGAAAGAAAACAGAAACGACGCUGAUGGCUUCGACAUCCCAAGAACAACCGCAGAAUGGCGCUGCUGUAGACCCAGCCCAGGCCCCGGUCACCAGGGAGCUUCCCCUUCGUUCAAAGAGCAACAUGUCUAUUCCCCCGCCGGGCCAGUCCCUGACAGGAAAGCAAGAGCAUUGUAAGCCGCCCGUCAUUUUCGACAUGAUCCAAGAAAGAGGAAAAGGUGCUAACAUUCCACCCCGCCAGACCUCAAGCGCGAGCUCGUUUCUGAGCAAGUCAAGUACGAAAUCUCGGAGCUCAACUCCCCCACGGCCCUCAAGCGAUUUGGCGCCCCCUUCAAAUCCGACGUUGGAGAGGUCUCCCCCCUCGACUCGGAGCUCCCCAUCCUCCGCUACAUCUUUGUACACCAUGUUCGCGAUUUCCCUUUCCUCGACAAAGCCAGAGAGAAGGAGUUUUGGCAAGACAAGCUCCAAGUAGUAAGUGCAAGAGACAAGAGGCUUCCCCCGCGCCAUUACAAACCGCCCUCACUUCCUCCGGACUAGCUCCGCUGACUCGUUCCACCACCCCAACUACAGUUCCUAGAAUCUUUUGCGACGAAGAAUAUUUCAUCCUCGGAAGACAGACUUGAAGAGACCAAGAGGCGCAAGUUGGCUAUAAAAUGUCAGAAGCUCGUUGAGCUGAUGAUGGUGUCUGGUUGCAAGACUUCGUCAGGCUUUGAGGAGAGGAUACGCUUUUCCGAGAUCGAGGUCGUCGACAGCAAUGCCAUCGACACGGGCGUCAUGCAUGCCUUGCCGGAGGGCAACUACAUCAAUGGCUGGGAUGUUAACAUCGCUGCCGUUCGAAUCACGUCGGAGAGGAAGACUAUUAGAUCUCAUAAGCAUGCUGAGUUCAUUAUGCGCAUUCACCGAAAGGGCGAGCUCGAGUUCUUCAUCGGCAGAAGAUACAGCGAUUUCGCCAGGUUACAUAAGAGAUUACGCCUCGAAUUGCCGGGCAAGGUUCUGCCCACUCUGCCGAAGAAGAACAAGUCGGAUACGACGACUACGGGUCUGUUCUCUUCUCUGACCGGAGGUGGAAGCCCGGAUUCUUCUGCCUCCUCGGUGUCAUCUGUUUCGACCAUGAUGACUGGUCUUCCUCCUCACGAGAAGGACACCCACUCCAAGUUGUCGGUGCUAGGCGACGUAGGACACAAACGUGCUAGCUCUACUACUUCAGGUCGCAACUCGCCUCGCGUGUCAACGGACAGCAGGCCCAAGAGCCCCCUGCCAUUCCUCGGAGGAAAGAGGAACGAACAAGUGACGCUGUGGCGUGAAAGCCAGCGUGUCUCUCUCAGAGCUUUCAUUCGCACACUGCUCUCGAACCCCCAGAUUGCGCAAACAAAGGCUAUGGAGGAAUUCCUCACCAGGGACCAGAUCACGCCGACGGAUGCCGAUAUCGACGAUAUUGAACGGAGAAAGGCAGUCGACGCGAUGCGCGUGGAAGAGCAAAAGAAAUUCUACGAGGUGGCAAGGAAACGCGCUGCCGAGCUCGACAUCUACAUGGAGGAGUUCCGUCAAGAGAUUGUCGAGCGCAACGGCCUAACGUCACUGUUCAAGGAGAUCAAGGAGAAGGAGACCAUCCAGGACCUGAGCAUUCAGUACCGGAAGUUCGCCGAGUGGCUCCGCAUAGAGGUCGCAGCUACGAUUUACCACCUAUUCCUUGCAGAAGACAACUCUCCCGAGCUUUUCGCCCAAGCCAAGAGGAUCCACUCGCUCAUUCCUUAUACCGUCAUCAAGAACGUUAUCAGAAUUGCGAACCCGGCUGCUGUCAUGUCCGGUGUCUUGGACGUGUUCCUGGCGCAACCAUUCGGCACCCGAUCUCUUCUUCAGCGCAUCUUCUCAUUGACCCUCAAUGACGGCAUCAAGAGCUUCCAAAAAUCUAUCGACACGCUCGGCGCUAAGAUCGGCGACGCGGCCUUUACUGGCAAGCUGAAGAUGUACACGGAGGCCGAGGAGCACAUCAAACUCGCAAUCAGGGAAGAAGCGACUGCUGAAGAUAUUGACUUGAUUGUCGUGAUCCUCCGCUCGGAUUACCUUGAGCCUGGUCUCACCUCGGAACAGAUUGGCCGACUCUACAACGCCUACGUCGCUUUCAACAACGCUGUUGAGAACAUUGACGAGGAGUUGAAGCAGGGUGCUCAGCUGUUCUCGUACCUCAAGCAGUACCUGAAGCUUUGCACAAGACAGCACGACAAGGCCAUGAUGUUGCAGUUGGUGGAGCAGCCGGUCACCCUUCAGCUGUUCCGAGAUUUGUUCAGCAUUUUCUACGAACCCCUUGUUCGGGUCUACAAGUCAGCGAACGUUUACAGCAGUGUCACGGACUUUGCUGUGUUCAUCGACGACAUGAUUCAGGUUGUUGAGAAAUGCCAGGAGCAAGAUGCAUCAGCAGACCCGAACCAGACCGUCCAGGCCUUCAUUGAUCUCUGCCAGAGACACGAGCACAACUUCUACAAGUUUGUGCACGAGGUUCACACUCACGACAACGGCUUGUUUGACCAGCUGAUGGGCUGGAUUGAGGACAUUCUGGAAUUCUUGAGGAAGGGACCCAAGAACGGCACCUUGAAUGUCAAUGCGCUCUUCGAGGGAGGUGUUAGCUCCGGUGCCAUCGAUAAGGCCAAGGUCAUUGAUGAGGUUAACCAACUCAUCGCAUGGCAAGAAGCCAGGAAGAAGUGGCAUCACGACAAGACACGACAAAAGAUGGCGGCUGAAGGAAACGGAGGUCCCGACUUGGUUCCCACUGGCUUCUCUUCCUCCGACUUUGGCCUCGACCAGAUGGACUUGGAAGACAUGGCGUAUGACGACGAGGACGGGGAUGAGGAAGACGAGGCGGAGGAGGAGGACGAGCUCGACCCUAUCGAGGCCGAGCGCCGCCGCCGGGCUAAGAGACGCGAUAGGCUCCGUCGGAGCGCCGGCGAGCCGGCCAAGCCGCCCGUGUCCGAGGUUCACAAGCUCAAGGAUAACUUCCUUGUCAUGUUGCGCGAGGUUCUUGCCCAGUAA